GCAGCGAACACGCUCAGUCACAAAAUUUCGCAUGCGGUAUGUGUUCUUCGCGAUCAUUCAAGCGCAUCGGAAAUACUACAUGUUCUCAUAUGUUUGGAUCGUAUUUCUCGUACUGUGCCGCACAUUCUUAUGAAUCAGUCUGACUUCGUAUCGACUUUCUGCUAUGGCGUCAUGGCACAGACAAUCCGAGUGAGGUCGAUAACAACUAAUUCGUUACUGUAGUCGAAUUAUUUUGAACUUGGCGCGUUAUAACAGCACCACAGCUAAUACUUUCCAGGAGAGCGGACUUGUUACUAUAGCCCAAAUGCUGUUACGUUGGUGUGACAAGGAUAGUGAAAUUUUCAACACUUUGUGUACCCUAAUUUGGCUUUUUGCUCACUGUCCAUAUAAACGCCUCAUUAUUCGCGAGUACAUGACCACUUCAGAAGCUAUAUAUGUGGUACGUGAGACUAAAAAGCUGGUGGCGCGAAAAGAGAGGAUGAAUCAAAAUCUGCGUAAACCUGUUGGAUCAGUACGUGCACAAAAACACAACAAUUUCCCAACAAUUCAUUACCUAGCCUCGAGCCUGAUUACGGAGUCAUACACUCCAAACCUUACACAUUCGUUUCAUCCGUCUUCGCAUUCGACAUGCUGCUAGCUGAGUUGG